GGCCGGCCACCGCACCCACCUCAUGCUGUCAUGCAACAAACUAACCCACCACGCUGGCUGGAGUCGACGAAGAGACACCGAGAGUCGAGAGAUUUCAGAUUUUCUUGGGAAAGCGAAAGCGGCCUGCGCAUACAGGAUCAUCUCAUCCACCACCGCCACCGCGGCCGAUCCGCCCCUUUUCCCUCUUUCCCCCGCGCUUUGGAGAUCCAUGGCCGCUGAUCCACACUGCCACUGCUGCUGCUGCUACCCCUCCAGCCUCGCGAAAGCCAGGGAUGAUAUAAACAGACCCUGCUGGCUGCACCGGUGGCGGCCGGGGCAGUGCCAAUCACGGGACAGAGCAGCAAGGCAGCCAUGGCGCGCGAGGGCAGAGUGAUCAGUCGCAGGUUGCUGGUGGCGGCGUCGUUCAUGCUGCUCCUGCUCUGCUCCACCUCCACUCGGUGCGAAGCGAGAGCCAUUAGCAGCAGGCGCCUGCAGAGCAGGAGCAGCAACCCGCUGCUGGACGCGCUCUUCAAGCUCAACUUCAUCCGGACGGUAGAGCCAGCGCGCCUACGGCAGCCUCCGACCGCCGGCGCGGACGCCGAGAGCCUCGCCGCCGGCGACACCAACGCGCCGUUCUGCGUCAACCCACCGGACGCGCCGCCGUCGUCGUCGACGGCGCCUCCCUUCGUCUCCACGCCCUUCACCCCGUCCUUGCCGGACCAGCCCCCGUCGCUGCCGCCGAUCACCCCCGUGCCGCCGUCCUUCGAGCCCAGCCCGCCAGACAGCGGCGCACCAGGCGGAGGCGAGAGUGGAGGUCAAGGCCAAGGUGGCCAGGGGGGAGGUCAAGGUCAGGGUGGAGGUCAAGGCCAGGGUGGCCAGGGUGGAGGAGGUCAAGGCCAGGGCGGAGGAGGUCAAGGCCAGGGCGGUCAGGAAGGCCCACCGGCAUCCACGACGCCGAGCACGGCGCCGCCGCAGGUCGGCCCGGGCGCGCCGUUCGGGUCGGCGCCGCCGAGCCCCAUCGUCGUGGUGCCGAGCCCGCCGGAAUUCGGCCCCGGCCCCGGCUCAGGCUCCGGCGGCGGCGGCGGCCCAUUCCAGCCGCCGAUAAUCUACCCGCCUCCGCUGGCCCCACCGCUGCCGCCGGGGGCCGGGCAGACGCUGUGGUGCGUGGCGAAGCCGACGGUGCCGGACCCGAUCAUCCAGGAGGCCAUGGACUACGCGUGCGGCUCCGGCGCCGAGUGCGACUCCGUCCAGCCCAGCGGCGCGUGCUACCACCCCAAUACCGUGCUCGCGCACGCAUCCUUCGCCUUCAACAGCUACUGGCAGCAGACCAAGGGCACGGGGGGCACCUGCGACUUCGGCGGCACCGCCACCAUUGUCACUAGAGACCCAAGCUAUGAGAAGUGCAAAUUCGACCUUCUAUAAGGGCACUCAAAUAGAAGAACAGACUGCAGAUGUGCAAAUUUUUCCCAAGCUCAUUUGGGUUAUUAUUCCUUUCGCUUCUAGGCCACACCACUUGCAGAUUUUGUAACUAGCUCCUCUUCACUAGUAUUAUUUUGAAUUUUGUAAGACUAAUACUGUGCAAAGCUGAAAGGGGAUUCCAUGACAUGUUUGUUACACAAGCUCUUA